AAUCUACUGAUUUUACACGAAACUGUAUCCUGUUCAUUUCCACUAAUUUCUAUUAUUUCUAUGAAUCAUUGAAUGCUACAACCGAGACUAUUGUAGAUUGUUGAUGGUUCUACUCGAACCAUAGCAAGAUAUCAUUAUAUAUGUCUUUACUGGUGCAGAAUUGCUUGGUUCAGUGAUUUUUCAGUACUUCUCAGUCUACUCCGUCAGUCUUCUCAGCCGUCAGUACUGACUAGGACCUACUGUCUACUUUGUAAAUUGUAAUUUUGGAGUUUGUUCGGUUGUUUGUGUAACUACAAGUAUUACAACUCGUGAUGUUUAAGCCAACACAUUCCCUUGACAAAUUCAAAAAAAGGGAGGAUGUAUUUGAGCUUGAGAGUCAGUUCAUACUCCGACUUCCUCUGGGAGCGGCCCAGCAGCUGCGCAGAGCUGUCCAGUCCGGAGCCAUGAACCUGAAGGACAGAAUGUCGAUAGAGCUUCAGCCGGACAUGAGAAACGGAACGGUCAGGUUCGAUGGCAUGGUCUUCUCUGCCAAGGUGCAUUCCCCCGGUCGCUAUUGCCGUGUACAUACGAGAAACACAAGAACCCUCGAUAGGAAAACCCAUCUACAAACGGCUACAUUUGGUCAGAUGGUGAUAUGUAAAGAGACAUUUGAUCAGAGCAGUCAAGAUGAGGAUGGUACGGGAAGGAAGCGCGAUAAAAAGAAAGAGGAUAAAAAAUAUCUCUGGAACCACGGUAUCACGCCACCACUGAAGAAUGUCAGGAAGAGACGAUUCAGAAAGACUGCGAGGAAGAAGUACAUCGAACAGCCGGACGUGGAGAAGGAAGUGAAGGCUCUCUUCAAGCUGGACAAUGAGGCUGUGAAGGUGCGCUGGGAGGUGGUGACGGAGGACAGCGACAAGAAGGAGAGCAUGCCCAUAUCUACCGGCGAAACGACGAACAUCAUCACGCUGUCGCCGAAAGCAUCCAAAGCCAACCUACUAGACGUCGCGAUAUCGGACAUAUUCGGAGAAGCAGUGAGCUCGUCAGAGGAUGAGGCGGAGAUUAACGUGAUGGACCUUCACGAUGAGGAAAGCAGCCAGGGACCGAUCCAGACUUCAGACCUUCUUGCACACGCCAUGGGGACGUUGGUGUCGAGGAGGACACACACAGUGAGACUGCGACGGGGCUCGAGGAGGAGGAGGACGAGGAUCGCGCGGAGGAGGAAACAGAGGACUGGCUAGCCGAACUCUCCCCACCACCGCAGAACGAUGGCGAGAGUGAGCUGCAGAAGCGGGUGGACGACGUAGGGCACCAGCUGGUGGGCGUGAAGGAUCGGCGACGCGCGCAGCAGCUGCAGAUCGAAACAAUUGACAACGAAGCGCUACGGCAAAGGCUCCAGCAGACUCUAGAGCAGCUUACGGAGGAAGAGAAGGUCAAACAAGACGAGUACGAUCAGGCAUCUGAGAUGCUGAGGAACGAGGAAGAGGAAAGUUUCCUGAGAGGGGUCUCGUAGAAAUGAGGAUCGUGCAUGGCCGCUAUUCCUUCUUCACUUGCCUGUGGGAGAGUUCCGGUUUAACUUGUAAAUAUGGAGCGUGGGAGGCUAAAGAUACGUUCUGGAGUCUUUUGAGUCAUUGAAUCAUGUAAAUAAUUUUCUGUGUCGUUUCACAUUGAAUCAUGUAAACCAUUUUGAGUUCACGACGGAAGUUAUUCUAUUUGACAUGGUGAACAGAAUAGUUAAGAAGUCGUGAUCUUUAUAAUGUAAAUGUGCAUGUAUCAUGUAUAUUCGAUAUUGUUCGCAGGUGCAUGUAUAACAGUUACUAUCCUUGCAAAUUGUACAUAAAUAACGUGAGAAAAAAGCCAUUUCAUUCACAGUGA